AUGGAUGAUUCCUUCAAGACAUUCGUCGAGGAUGUAGAGGUAGCUAUCAUCGGUGGUGGGACAUGUGGAGUCAUCUGUGCUGCGCGCUGUGCAAAGCUUGGAAUCACGUACAAGAUAAUUGAUCGACAGAUCACGGUUGGGGGCGUGUGGCUCAACUACGCGAACGACCACAGUUCCCUCCAGUGCCCAGAGAUCAUGUAUCGGUGGGACCCCAAGUACCCACUGGGCAAGGGACCCUUGGACAGAAUCAAGGGCAGCACAAUCCUGCAGCGCAUGCGCGAAUACGCGCGAGACCACCACAUGUUUGACAACGCCAGGUUCCGAACCGAGGUGGAAACCGUCAAAGAGAACGAAGACGGGUACACGCUGGAGCUGAGAGGUUUGGAGUACGGCACGAAGCGGCACCUGCGCUGCAAAUUCCUGAUGGUCACGCACGGCAUUCUGGCGCACCAAUUCACACCGGCGGAGAGGGGCCUGGAUACUUCGCGCUUCGCCGGGCCGGUCUGCCUGGCCGGCAAGCACAACGGCGUCGACUGCGUCGAGGUGAUCGUGCUGGGGUCUGGUGCGUUUGCAUGCGAGGCCAUGGAGGCAGCCAUCGCCAACAAUGCCAAGCACGUCACCAUGGUCUGCCGCGACAGGAAGAGGUGGGUGCUGCCCUUCAGCCGGGAGAUGACGCUGGGGGCUCUGGCUCAGGCGCCGCUGCUGCCCUGGCGCUGGAAGAUGGACAUAACGCACUGGUGGCUCAAGCGCUACUUCUACGGCCCGGCCGGCAUCGUCCACAUGAUGCCCGGCGGCGGCAAGAAGGCCGCGCCGCGCGACAACGACUACGCAGGGCAGUCGAACGACGCGAUAUUUCAGCAGGCGAGGGCGGGGCGGCUGACGUGCAAGGUGGACAGCGUGGCAGCCGUGGAGGAGGAGCACGUUGUGCUGGGCAGCGGGGAACACCUCCGCGCAGAUGUCAUCGUGGCAGCCUACGGCCUCAAGUACCAGGCCGAGCCGGAGUUCCUCAAAGAGCUUGGCAUCGGCUUCAAGGACCUGCACAAUUUCGCGUUCCUGGGUCCCAGCGGUCGCAUAGGCACCGCGCAGGACGGCAUCUAUGCUUACGUGCCGGCCGGGCCCCACAAGCAGUUUGACAUGUUCCUGCACUCCUACGCCUGCUACAAGAAGGGCAUGCUCCAGAAAUUUCAGGAGGAGGCAAUGGAGCACACGCCCAUCCCCCAGACCUCCUAUGAGAGCCUGGGCGCAGGCGGCCAUCGCUCGGCGUGGGGCACCUGGUUUGAGGUGGCCAAGCCCUGGUCCGUCAUGAACAGCACUUUCGAGUGGCGUGCGAGGGCGUACUACCGUGCCAUGUCCUUCAGCAAGACACCCCUAGGAAAGCUGAAGCUGCGGGUGCAGAUCGUCAUGGCAGACCUCUUCCAAUUCACCUGCUUGAUCUUCUUGGGUUUCCUAGAAUUCUUCCAUGACCACAAACCACUCGCGGUCAAGGAGGUGAUAAAGAGUGCUAAAUUGGAGAAGGAAAAUUGA